CUUGGCAUUCCCACCUGUGUCAUAGGAUGAUGUUUAUGUUGUGAUUUAUAUAUUUAUGAGCCAUUAAUAUUGAUAUUUACGUCUUCCCAGUGCGUUUUCCCUAUUUCCGACUUCAGAAGGAAGUACUGUACUCCAGUUACUACUGCCUCCCUUUUCGGCAGUUCGCGCAGGUGGAUGAAGAAGAGCUUCCUGAUCCUAUUUCAACCUCCGAUUUAUUUUCAAAAAAAUGAGCGAAUUACGGCUGGGAGUGGAAAUCGGAUUCAAGAAGAUCUCGCUUGCGCUGUACGAAAACGGUGUGCCGCGCGUAAUCUUCAGCUUCCCAUCCAGCGCAGCCUGCAGUAUUGAUCGCAGCGAAUGGCAUUUUGGGAUGAACGCGGGCAGCUUCUUAGCAGACACGCACUACCAACACGUCCCAUCGGUGAAGCACGCGCUGCUAUCUCACAACGACGGUCGGAAGAAUCCGCUGGUACCCCUGUUGCUGGAACAGCUCUUCGCUCACAUCAAGAUGAUCGGGGAGAACAAAUUGAAGCAGUGUCUCCAAGGCGUUGUUGUCGUUUUGCCGCAAUGUCUGAACUGCAGUCCAGUCAACCGUCAAAUGGUGAUGGACGCCUGGCAGAAGAACGGCAUCAUGGAUGUCCUGUGCAUCUCCGACGUAUCGGCCAUUCUGCUGGCCUACACCGUGCAGACACUGGACCGGCGGUCCAUCAUCACCAAAGCAUCCGAACCGUUUUAUCUGUUGGUGUGCAAUGCAGAUUCCGAGCGUUGCCGGGUGGACUUCUUCGUGGUGAUCAGCAACAACUACGUAAUUAAAAUCCACAAUAACUGUGUGCUGUGGGGUUGUUUCGCCGAUCUACGGCGGCGCGUUGUCGCCGCGAUAUAUGAGCGGCUGUUGAGUGCGGGGAUGCCGGAAGUGAAUCAGCGGGCGCAGCUGGAGGAGGAGUGCUGGAGCCAGAUGGCGGUGUUUGACGAUUCCCUAACCGACAAGGUGACCAUUCGCGCCCCGUUUCACCAGUAUGCUGUGACGUGCACACGGGGCAUGUACCACGCGGUGGCGGCGCCAGUCAUCGACGCCAUCCGACAGCGUGUCGUUUCGGAGUUGGGGCGAUUCGGGAUAAUGGACGCGAACACCGGGAACAUCAACGGGAAAGUGGAGCUGCUAUUGGUGGGCGAGAAUUCCCGGCUGGGGCUAUUGCGGACCGCGUUGGAGAGUGCCACGAAGAGUCAGGUGAUUGCCGGGGCGGAGAGUUAUGGUGACGAUGCGGAGGCGUUUGGCGCGGCGAUUGCCAGCAGUCUGGCAGGAAACAGAGAGAACACCUUGAUAAACCAUCUGCUCGUCAAUCUGCGUGAGGGAAUCGCAUUCGAUAUGGAAAAGAUACUGACGGCGCUGCCGCUGCCCCACGCGGACAAUGACCUGGCGCAGUCGGAGUGGAAUAGGUUCAUUGGCCGCCUUCAUGAUGUUUCCCUGACCGGCGACUUAUACAUGCGUUACCGGGAAAUCCAGUUAUCAUCCCCGGCUUUCGCUUGACAUUGUCCUCUCCAAAAUUAGGAAGCGGCAAAGCGCAUUGCAUUAGCCUGGAAUGCACUGUUGACGGUCAAUCAGUGACGUUCAUGGCUUCAUGCGGAUGUUGCUGGGGAAAGAUGUGCGGAUUUCGUUGUAUAAGGAGCGCGACCGGGACUGCAUCUUGCUUCAGGCUUUGUUCACGUAUCGAGAAAGCGCUGGCUGGAGCACUCUUCGAUUUUUUCCGGACGAUGCUGACGCUUACAAACUGGAGCCAUUUUUGAAGGAGUACGACAUGCGAAAUCGAGAGAAUCAGACGCUGAACGCGUUCCCUUCUGCACCUGACGCGGACAAACCACUUCCUAAGCUAGCGUGGCAAUCAUCGUCCUCGUUUGUUGCCCUUGUUUCGGACCUGUUGCCUAUUAAGCAUGCUCUAAGAAUGCUGAAAAUCCCGCCUCAUCCCAGCAUUGUAACCGUCCAUCAGUGUUCCCAGCAUGGUCUCGUUAUCGUGGUCCAGCAGUGCCAGGUAGUGACCGGUAGUAUGCAAGUGAAGAGAAGCAAUUUUUCCAUCGAACAGCCGCAUAAGAUCCGCCCAGCUUUGAGGAGUGAUUCAGUCAGAAUUGAAGUGACUCCACACGCGUAUGUUCGCGUCAGCGUUCCCGAUGAAGACGCCUACUACAAAUUUCUUUUAAUGGUUCUAUUUUUUGGACGUGGUGGAGCAAGCUGUGGCCAGUAGAUGAAUGAAAAGCCGGUAAAAUGUCAUUAUGUCAUAUUUAACAAAUACUCUAACAAAGUGCAGCGCUGUGUCUUAUAUUUCGAAGGUUGUUAAAUUGCUUGCUAACACUGUAACACGCUAGCCGUAAGGUCGCCAUUUUGGAUCAUCUUCUUCCGUCCUUUCGGCAUGCAGUUACGCAGUUUAACGAAAUUUUUCUGCCAUAAUUUAGCGUGUUAUUUUUUGUAUUUCUGUUGCGUUUUUGAUUUGACCAGUAAAGUGCGACAA